AUGCUGUCAUCGUCUUCGAAGCGAGGAGAAAGUCGCCCCAACGCCUUGGCUUGCCCUCAGAGACGCUCUGCACUGGACCUGUCGCGCCAUUGUCGCCACAGGGGCUCCGUGGUUGGCACAACUCUGCAGGGGAAGGUGAACUGCCCUGACGGGUGGGGCAGCAGCAGCAUGUCGCUUCGAAGACUGUCCUUGCCAUGGCUGCUGCUCCUGCUCAUCAUCGUCUGCAUGCCACUGUCGUCUGCAUCUGCAGAAAACAUCAUGAUGGUUCAAAAGACUCCACUUUCCCCCCUGGACACGAAAAUCCAGCAGGUCCUGGAGAGGAACAACGCGUUCGAUGGGCCUGGACAUGAGCAGGAGGGAGACUCGAGUGCGAUGCAGCUGAACGAAGACAUCAAGGGGAGUGUGGAUGACACAGCGAACAUGGCGAUGGAGCUGGAGCUGGACAAGCUGGAGCGGGAGUUAGAGGAUGCGCAGGACGCAAGAGCAGUUGCUGAACAGGUGAAGCGGUUGGAGGCAGAAAAGGAGUCCGCGGAGAGAUCAGUCCACGUGGCCAAGAAGGAGAUGCGCAGAGUCCGCAGGCAGCUUGCAAGGGUGACGUGGGAGCUGGAGCGAGUUCGUCGGGCAGGAGGGGAAGGGGUGACGCUGGUGUGGAGGUGCAAGCAGGAACUGACGAGACUGGCGGAGGAAGUGAGCAGCCUAAGGGAGCAGAAUGCCAAGUGA